AUCACCAGUGACGUCAUCCAUAGUACCGCGGCGGCAACGCAAGCGUGCACUUCAGUCAAUCGCAGACGCUGGCCGCGCAACCAUCUACCUCAUUAAGAAUCGGCAACGACGGAUCGACCAUGUCGCACUCUGUGACCAUCAGAACUCACACUGUCACCACUAACUCCACGGCAGUUAUCCUCAACACUGGUUACUUGAAAACGUGGAGCGGCGUGAUCAAGUUGUUGCAAUUGGCACUAGGAAUCGUUUGCGUGACGAUCAUCGGUCACAAUUACUCCACGUAUAACAGUUACAUGCUCUCCGCCGAGAUAUUUUUCUUCCUGAUAACGACGACGUUCCUGAUCGGCACCGCGAUUCUGGUGAUCAGCUACGUGGCCUCCCAUUCCACGCCGGGCAUCAUCUCGAAAACCAUUUACGAACUGGUCUAUCAUUCGAUCGCGUUCGGACUGUACCUGGCCGCGUCGUUAACAUUUUUGGUGAACGUGUCGAACAGAGGCAGGGGAAACGACGUGUUCAUGGCUGCAGCGAUCUGCGGUUUGAUAAACGCGGCGUUGUACUUCCUCAGCACGAUCAUCGCCGUUCGCAUGUACAAGGGCCUCUGAAGAGUCCGAGGAGAACUAUCGCCGCCUUCGCCGAUCGAUCGACCGCUUCAUUUUUCCCCGAACGAAUUCGGUCCGAAACGGAGAACUGUUCGUUGCGGCGUUCUGGUGCGAGCAUACAGUAAUGUCUCCCUUACUGACGCUCAGGUUGAGCAGAAAAACGGACUAUUUGGGAAGAGGAGGUACGAU